AUGGCAAUGAACGAGGAUCUCAAUUUCGCCGAACUCUGCAGACUCUGCUCGCUGAAGAGCAACCACCAGCUGCAGAUAUUCGACAAGGAGGGCGAGCAACGGCAGCUGCCGUUCAAGAUACGCUCCUGCAUUCCCACCGUGGUAACAAAAGAGGAUGGAUUGCCAAAAAAUAUUUGUCAAAGGUGUAUCUACAAAUUGGAUAUGUUCUAUGAAUUUCGUCUCAGUUGCAUUACCACGGAAACAAUGUUGAAGAAUUAUGCCGAUAGUUUAAAGAACAUUGCUGCGCUCACUCAGGAUAAAGACAAGAUGUCAAACGGGGGACAGCAGCAGCAGCAGCAGCGCUCAACUUACGUGGAAUCGCAUGCAAUAGCACAUGCGGCAUUGCAACAGCACAUGGCCCAACAGGCCGCUCAGGCGCGAUUAGCCGGACCUGGACCACCCGCGGCUCCGCAACCACCCAACCCCACGUUUACUCUACCGGACGACGGGCUCGGAUAUGAUGACGGGGUGCGGGUGCUGCGUUCUAUUGGAACAUGGUCGUCAGAUUAUUCUGCCGCGAUGCGUCCCGGUAGCAUGAUGCCGGCAUUUCCUGGUGCAACGGACCAACAGUUUAGAGCACCGGUGAAUCAACCCUUACGGACGACUACGACGACGACGAAUAGCGUGGGCGUUCGUCCGGGAUCCGUUUCAAAGGCAACCAACACAGGCGAGCCGACUACGAAAGCAUUUGCUUGCACCGUGUGCGGCAAAGGACUUGCUCGUAAAGAUAAACUUGUCAUACACAUGCGUAUACACACUGGGGAGAAGCCAUAUUCCUGCGAAGUAUGCGGUAAAGCAUUCGCACGUCGAGAUAAAUUGGUCAUUCACAUGAACAAACUUAGACACAGACCUGGCGUUUCACCCCUCUCGGCGCCGACGACACCGAGAUCCGAUCAACAGCAGCAACAACAGCAGCAGCAACAACAGCAACAGCAAGCGCAGCAACAACAGCAACAGACAUCACGCCAAGAUAGCAUUCAUAAACUGAAAGAGGAGCCAGUAAGCUGGACUUGCGAACUAUGCGGACGAAUGUUCGCUCUCAGAGAGGAAUGGGCACAGCAUGCUCGAUCUCAUUUGGAGACGUCCGCGCCGCCACAACAUGCCGCCCCAUACUUUCCCGGGUCUGCGCCGCCGCCGCAGUCUUACCCGUCCGAUAGGCAUUUCUGCUUAAUGUGUCGCGCGGAUUUCACAGAUAAGGCCGAAUUUUUAUUUCAUAUACGCACGCAUUGCGACCAGCACGCGCAAUCGUCUGCAGGGCAACCAAGUGGUAAACAAGGCGGCGGUGACCCUGCCACGGCUGAGCUUAUUGCCAGAGGACUUGUCGAUCCCUCUGGAUUAUGCAGCUAGAAUUUCUCUUUCCCCUGUCACUACGUACCGUCGAUUUGUGUCUUACCAUAGUACAAGUUUUCUGCUCUUUGAUCAGAAACUUUUGCAUAGGGUGUCAUGCAUAUUGUGAUUGUAAUGAUAUACAUAUAUACCAACUUAUCGAUAAUAGAUACACAGUAGUACAUUCAAUAACGUUAAUAGGACUAAUAAGCUAAAUACGCAAUGUUGAUACAAUAUUUAUUUUCCAAUUGACUUGAUAAUUCGGUGCAACUAUAAUUUUUUUCUAGCAUGUUAUUAAAAGCUAUUAGAAGCUUUAGCAUAUGAUGAAAGUGAAUCAUUUACGAAACGUCAUCUUCGAAGAAUUGAAAGUAAGCGAAUUUUAUGUAUCAAACUUAAUCAUUUUCUUUUGGGGUGACAAUCCAAAUUACCGAGAAAAUUUAUUGAAUUUUUCAAUAUAGUAAUCAAUCUUGGUAUAUAUAUUUAUAACAACCUCACUUUAUGACAAAUUAUUAAAUAGGCAGUCUUUUAUGCAUUCUAGAGCAAGUACAUAUCAGGACAAAUCAUAUAGAGAAAUUACUUUUAGAAAUACUACUGUGUAUCUUGAAACGAGAUAAGAUCUAUCUCAUUAUUGAGGAAAAGAAAUUUAGGUACUGACGUGAUAUUGAGUUAUGAGAAUGCACUAUUGCGUCAAUAUUUAAAAGCUAUUACUUAAUAAUAUACGUUCCUACAUAGCUAGCUUCCCGCCAUCCAUAGGUACCAGCAGACCUAUUUUGUAACUUUUUAAUAUAUAUACAUAGUACAUAUAUAAAAGUGUAUUCGUAUAUAAUCUCAUAAAACAAAUACACAGAGAGAUCGAUUAUUCGUAAUAUAAAAAACACCAUAUUGCUGCAUACUUUAAAUUGGAUAAAAAAGUUAUACUUAAAGAGUUACAAAAUAGCAGGCCAUAGCAGAAUGUACUCCCUGAUGUACAGGUUUGUUCUCAAUGCUAUUAUAUUUUUUUAUAUAUAUGUGUAUAUACGUUUUACAUUGCAAUGUUAUAAUUUAGAGAAUUUUUAUUAUUUCAAUGCUAUUGUGUCAUUUGAUAUAGAUUUUGAAAUUAAGAAUAAUGAAUUGUGCCGCGCGUCGUUGACGGAUUACAUUAUUUGGAAAAUUAAUUAUGUUUUAUAUCGAAUUUUUAUACAAGAUGAUUUACCUCUAACUUAAUGGUCUCAAGUAACUCUUUUAUUUUUUAUGAUAUGAAAUAACGUUUCGAAUAAAAACCUUAUUUAUCUUAUAUAUCAUUAAUUCGAUGGGAUUAUCUUAAUUGCGCGCAUUUUGUUCUAGAUGUCAGAUAUUUUAAAUGAAUCACUCUACGCGAGAAUAUUAAGUUAAGAUAUAAUCUAAAAAAUAUCUUAUGAGAUAUUUCAUAUUUUACACCAGAAUAAAAUUUUAUAUAUAUAAAACAUUUAUAUAUGGAAGCAAAAAAAAAUAUCGUAUAUAUAAUCCUAUUUCUUAAAAGAUACAAAUGAUUUUUAAAUCUUGGAAACGAUUUUAUUAAUGAUGCAUUCCAUGCUUGAUGCUUUUGAAAAUUUCGAACGUUUUUCCCGGUAAUUUGGAUUUUCUACGCAUUAAUAGAAUAUAGAUUUAAAUAAAUUGAUUCAAAAACAUUUUUCAACGUUUUUCAAACAUCUAGAAGCAUUCAAAGUAUAGAAUCAAUUUGAAUGCAUCUCAAAAUAGGCAAAUCAUCUUGUAUAUCUAUCGCUUUUAUAUACUUUGGCAUUCAGUCAUUCAUUUUGCCUAUAUGUGUAUUGAAACGUGCUAGACCAUCGUUGUUCAGUAAAUUGUACGAUGUUUUUGGCGAAACUUUAUGAUCUUCCAAAGAUAGUGUAUCUCUGUGUGAUACAUUGUCAAUUUGUAUACCAAACGUAGAUCGCCGCUGUGGUAUAGCAUAAGUGUUGACUAUGGGUCAUAUGUCUAAAAGCAAAGCUUACGCUGAAAACAAAAAUUAAAAUGCUUUAAGUGCGUGAGAAAAUUUUAAUAUUAAAAAAAAAAUUUUUUUUAAAAGCAUUUUCUCUAAGAAAUAGACAUGUCUUUCACAUAUGACACACUAUCCGAAAGAAACGUGAAACACAUGCUGAAAAUCUUAAUAUUAUUAAUUGAUUUUUUAUGCAAGUAGAAUUUUUUUAUUGCUGUUUUUUUUCUACUAUGGUAUGCUUAUUCUCUAUUGUUACGAUCAUCCUUGGGAUUUAUAAAGUAUUAGAAUGUACUUAAUCAAGGAUGUUCAACAGAAAUUUAUACUUAGUUAUUAUAUAUAUAACAUGAGAAUGGGACGAGAAGGUGUUUCUUUGUUAGUUAAUUAUCAAUCAAAUAAAACACUACGUAUUGCGCGAUAAAAUACGAAGAGAAAGAUAUUUUUUUAAUCUUGCAUUUUAUCUAAAUUUCGGAUAAUGAAUUGUAAUUUUUUUAUAUGUGAGUCAAAAAACAAUCUCAUCGUUUUAUCGAUUUUAUUACAAAGAAAAACAUACGUAUAUAAAUAUAUCCAUUAUUCGCAAAGGGAAAUUAGCGACAAUAAUCGAAUUUCCAGCUGGAGACCGAAUACAUGUAUCGACACAUUGACAGAUAUUCUCGAACGUCUUACCGUGAAUUUGCAUUGUGAACAAACUAUAUCUUUAAAAAAAAAAGCCGGUAGGAUCCGCUUGUUACAGCGCUUAAAUUUCCUCUCUCUCGUCUCCCUAGAAUAAUACCCUAAGAUAAGUCAGUAAAAUGCGCUAAAAACGCGAGACUGCCGUGCCUCCUUUCCCACGUACAAAUCCGCUUCCGGAUUGUUUUCCAUUCGACGAUCGCUUUUAGGACGACCGUGCCUCUGCGUGAUGUAAAAAUCAAAAGUCGGAGCCUAAUGCUGAGCGUAUAUUUUGUGUAACAUUUACAACUAUGUCAAUAGAAGUAAUCAAUAGCGACAAUAGCGACUGUCUUAGAUUACCAUGCGUAUGACAAACAAUUAUGGGAACGUUUCGAGUUUUUUUCUGAAUUUAAUAUUUGGAUUAAAUAUAUUUUUAACGUAGUGAGAGAUUAAUGAAUGAAGUUUUGCGACGUCGCGGGAUUGAUAUUUACUUUACGAUGUUUAUCUGUGCAUCUGUUGUUUGCCGCGUGCAUGUAUUGUUUUUUCUUACUGUGUGCAUAACUGAGACAAAAGUGCAAUCAAAUUCAGAUUAAUGCCUUUGGAGUUAAUAUUCGCACUUUUAGGAGAUAAAUAGUUAACAUUUGCCUAUUAAUCUGUCAUUACAUCUACUAUUAAUAGCGUUUAAUAGAGAACUUUAGAAGCAUUCGAGCUAGCAUAUGGGAACAAGAAAUACAUGCUGCGCUUACACGCUUAACGUUUGACGUAAAUGUAACGCGGUCUUUGUCUCGCGUGAGACACUACUGUAUCUCUUGAUAAUAUAUGCUAGUUCGCGCUGUAACUUUGAUUUUAUUUCGUAAAAGUUUUAUAUGAGAAAAACAAAACGACGCGUGCAAGAGAGUAAAUGCAAUAAUUUUCACGGCGGUACGUAACGUUCUUUGAGGAUUUUGAAGAAUAGACUUAUAGUGCCUUUUCUCUGGGACUUAUCCAUACCAUCGUCAUCAUUUGAAUUCACGUGUUAGGGAGGCACAUCGGCAUAAAUAAGACAUUGGAAUAAGUUAGUGACUUAGAUAAGACGGCAUUUAUUUGAUUUUCGUUCUUCUGUUACGAGGAGUGAACGUUCGAUGAUACACUGCCUCUAUAGCAGCUGUUUUAGACUACUUUUAUAUUGUUGAUGUCACGCGCAGCUAAUCAGAGUCUGUAUAUUACUGCCAUAAUUAUAAAACGAAAUGUAUACUCAAUAUACCUUUAUAAAUAAAACACGACCAAAA